AUUGGGCUUAACGGUAUUUAUACUGAAAAGCAUCAUUUCUGUAUUGCAUACGAAUUGGAUCUAUUGCGCACUUGGAAUUGUUAAGGACGACACGUAUUCCCCGACAAAAUGGACAAACAAGACGAAUUAGAGCGAAAUAUCUCAAAUGAAUCUGAUGCGAUUAGUUUGUUUUACGAUGGCGAGUCGUUGAUGAGUGACAAUUCUAAGAAAAGAAGCCUCAAUUCCAUGUCGUCACUUGAUGAAUACUUGUCUGAUGCGAAACGAUUCUGUGGCAAUGGCAGCGUGUCAUUUGAUUGGAUUGAAGGUCUUCGAAGACAACCGACCGACGAGCGCAUUGACACAUUGUUUGGACAUUUGGAAAAUGCUUCGCUCAACACAGUGCCGGAAUAUAUUCCGGAUCUGUGUAAGGAUUUGGUCAAACAUGGUCGUCAAGAAGAUCUGAAACAUUUAUUGGAACUGAUCAAUGAUUCUCCAAUCGCUGGUCGCGAUCCAAUUUAUGAUUAUAUGUUUCAGGCUUUCUUGCAGGAAGAAAAUUCAUACACAAAAGCGUUGAAGCAAUUGGUCAAUGUCAUAAACGGCCUGGGCCAACCAUCCAACAAAUGUGUUGAAUACAUCAUUCGCAAAAUCUUCAAUCCUGAGAAUGAUCUGGGUGCAUUCUUAGACGAACUAAAAAAAUUGUGCGCAAAUGAUUACAAGUUCAAUGCCACAAUGAUUAACAAAAUGAUGGUCCAUUGUACUAACAAUUUCAAUGUGAAUUUCCAUCAAUUCGUGUUGACGCGCAUCGUAAACAAAUUGUCUCCAAAUGAAAUGGACGACCUCAACGAAACCAACCUGAAAAAAUUCGUCGGCCGCCGAAUGGAAAACGUCAGACAACAGCGAAUGGGUCUAUCGCGUAAAAGAUGAUUUCAUGCUCUUCAAUUCCAAUUGAAGAAGGACUACGGAAGUCUACAAACACGCAACAAAUUUUGUUUUUUUCCCUACUUUUUCCCCACAAGUAAAAAUAAAAUUACAGCUAAGCCUCGGAAAUUGAAAAAAAAAACAACAAAAUUAAUUAGGAUUCACUUUAGUUAAGAAUGAAAAUAUUAUGUAUUACCUCAUUUCUAUGCAAUCAGUAUGAAUUUGAAAUAAAAUUAAGUAUUGGUGUCCUAAUGUAAAAAACAAGUAAUAAAAUCCACGUCCUUUAUAAACUUUUUGUUAACCAUUUUUUUGCAAUUGAUGGCAACAAUUUUCAUUUUAUCUGGAUCAAUAUGCGCUUAAAAUGUGUCAAAAAGUUUGGAUGUACGCUUGAUUUCAACUCUGGAACGACAACAGAGCAAUCGUCAUGUAUGUUUACUACAAUUUUACUCUUCUUGGGAACAUUUGCGAAAUGCUCAACGUCCUAUUUGUUUUUAAAUAGAUUAAGCAACUAUUUUGGGUAAGCAUAUUAUCAGUAAGAUUAUUGUUUCGGGUAUUGUUAUAGUUGAAAAGAGUUAAAAAUAUGCUUUAUAUCAUGCACAAAGCUAAUAUCAUUUACCACCACCAAAGAGAUGCAACUCUUUGAAAGCCGUUGAAACAUUGAGAGAAGUAUGCAAAUUUUAGCAAGAAAUUUUCAAAAAAUUAUUACAUCCAAGCUAGGGGGAAAGAACUAUUGGUAUAUUUACUUUAUUGACACGUAUUGACAAAUAUUCACAGGCAUUUGCACUGCGUUCCGUAGUGUUAUUGUUGUUGUUUUCUUCUGUUGCUUCGUCUCGUUCGUGGCGAGCACGAAUGACAGUUGCAAAUACGCACAUUUUAUUGAACAUAUUUGCAUGCAUUCGCAGCUAGUUAUUCAGCGCAUCGACACGCAUUGAAGCGUAUUGAUCUAAACUCGGUAGAAUAUGCGAUUAUUUACAAUAUUUAUAUUUUCAUUUACUCAGUUCUUACCCCCUAGCAUCCAAGUCAGGCUCCAUUGAAGAUUCUUCAAUCGAUAGGUGAAAAAGUGCUCUAUGAUUAUUCGCUAAUUUUUGAAAGUUUUGCCAUCGAUCAUUCUAAUAUGAAUUUCCUUGAAUAAAACAUACAAUUCAAAUAACUGAGAUAAAUUUCUAUAAAUUCCAAGCGUAAACAAUCAAAAACGUUGCAACCGUUUUCAGACAAUUUGUAAACUACAAAUUGUUAUGAUGAUAUUCAUUUUUACACAUUAAAGGAAAUGACAAUCAAAUUCGUUUCAUUUUUUUUCUCUUAAUUUUGAUUUACUCUUUUCAAUAAAAAGAAUUGAAAUGCGCGCAUUCAAAACAUGCAACAAUCGUCAAAUGAUCAAAAUUUUAGUACAAAACGUCACGUGUGCCUUUUCACACACAUGUAUACAUGUGUUGUGUUUUGACAGAAAGUGUCAUAGUAGUCAUCAGUGCGAUAGUUUUGAAUCGUUGCAUGCUGUUUGGUUCAUCAACAAAAAAUAUCUGUUUUUGUCCUCUUCAAAUCUAUUCUAUCGAAUUUAUCGAAAUAGUUUCUGUUGAUUUAAAAAAAUGGAUGAGAAUUUAAUAGUAUUUGUGAAUCGUCGCAAAAAACUUACAACGAGAGAAGAGUUGGAGAAAUGUUCCAAAGAGGAGCUAAUCAAUAGAAUUUUGCAAUUGGAGACACACAAUCAACAACUGAAAAAUGUGCUGAAGAAGGAAUUAAAUAUUACCGAUACAAAUGCGAAAAUCGCCAAACAGAAAAAAUUUGACUUUACUAAUCGUCAUACUCGUCAUGUGUUACUAAAGCUGUACUAUUUGGGCUGGGACUACCAAGGCUUUGCCACACAAGAGGAAUCGGCCAAAACAAUCGAAUACCAUCUAUUUACUGCGCUCAAGCGAACUUGCCUGAUUGAGAAACGCGAGAAUUCCAAUUAUCAUCGAUGUGGACGCACCGAUAAAGGCGUUAGUGCUUUUUCACAGGUGAUUUCAAUCGAUCUGAGAAGUAAAUUCCCGCCAGAAAAACAAAUGACAGAAGAGGCGAUUAAAAAUGAAAUUCACUAUUGUGACGCUUUGAAUCGUGUGCUGCCGCUGGACAUUCGAGUUGUGGCAUGGCAACCGUUGUACAAUCCAGAAUUCAGUUCUCGAUUCGAUUGUCGCGAACGUGUCUAUCGGUACUUCUUUCCGCGGAGCAACUUGAACGUUGAUGCAAUGCAACAAGCAUGCAAAUAUUUGAUUGGCGUCCAUGACUUUCGAAAUCUGUGUAAAAUGGAUGUUGGAAACGGUGUCAUUACGUUUGAACGUGAGCUCAGAAAUGUUCGUGUGGUGGAAGCAUGUCGAAAAAGUGAUGGAUGCAGUCCGUAUGAUAUGCAUUACGUUGAGUUGAUCGGCAAGGCAUUUUUAUGGCAUCAAGUUCGAGCAAUUAUGGCCAUUCUUCUGUUAGUCGGACAAGAAGAUGAGAAACCGGAAAUUAUCAACGAAUUGUUAAACGUUAAACGAAAUCCACGCACUCCACAGUAUAGCUUGGCCGCCGAUUUUCCCCUGAAUUUAUUCCACGUUGAAAUGGAAAAUUACUCUAAAAAUACGGUGCCAAUCGGAGAUUUCAUCAUUGAGACUCAUGAUUGGAUCUAUGAUAGCUUCACACUUCAGAGAGUUAUUGGAGCGCUGCAACAACAAUGGACUCAAUUUAGCGUAAGAAGUCAUAUGAUCCUCGAGAUGUUGAAAGUUUUAGAAGACAUUUAUGAAAAUAAAAUGGGCGAAAGUCACAUUUAUAAAUAUUGUAAUGCAUUGCAAGAAGGCGUGCGAUCCAAAAUAUACAAACCGUUAUUUACACGAGACAAGUGCAAUAGCCUGGAAGAUCGUAUCGAACACUAUGCUAAGAAGCGGCGAAUCGAUAUCAUCAAUUCAAACGAAGCAGCGCAACGGAAACUUGAUCAAGCAAACCGAACUGAAACGAAUUGUGAAAAAAUGGAUACACAAUCGUAAUACUUCUGUUACAAUUCACAAAGAGAAAUAAAGUUAAGAACAAACUUA